AUGAGAUUGAAACUUCUGUGUCUCCAAAGGAGAUCUCUCCACGCUUUAACAACAGUACGCUGGUGCCAAAGCUCCAGUAAAGCCGGACGUCUGCUAUUAAAGCUGGAUAAUGAAGCUGACAGAACAGCGAAGUCUUGGGAUUUGUGUGCUCUGAAAACUGCUUCCACCUGUUUGACAAGUCAACGUGUGCAAGUCAAGAAUUGGCAGUUGCUCCAAGGAAAUGUAUCAGCUUUGGGAAAAGAUGUUUGUUAUCAGAACAGGGAGGCUUUUUUUCCAUCCUGGAAACAUUUUGGUGCGGUGAUGACAGAAAACUACAAGCUCAAAACAAAGCUCAUUGAAAAGCUUGGGAAUGUAUCAUCGAGAUUUUACUCUGUUGUGUCAUAUGGUAAAAUUAUUCCAAAACAUGGUAACCAGCCAGUUAAGAGGCCACCAAAGGCACCAAGGACCAAGCAGCCAUCCAGGACUAACCAGCCACUGCUCUCAGACAUGGAGAAUCUGAUGCAGUGCACAGCCUUUGCAACAGCAGAUGAGUAUCACCUUGGUAAUCUGUGUCAUGACCUGACCUCACAUGGAUAUGUUGAAAUAACGAGUUUGCCUAGAGAUGCCGCGAAUGUUUUGGUGAUUGGUACUGAGAAAUCUGCAAAAGAAGAUGAUCCUGGCAUGAUUUUUUUCUUCAGGGAAGGGGCUGUUGUGUUUUGGAAUGUGGAAGAGAAAAGCAUAAAGAAUAUCAUGCGAAUGCUAGAACAGCAUGAAAUUCAGCCGUACGAAGUUGCACUAGUCCACUGGGAGAAUGAAGAGAUUAACUAUAGAAUAGGAGAAGGUCAGUCAAAGCUUCACAAAGGAGAAAUCUUGUUAAAUUCUGAGCUGGAUAUUGAUGAAGUUGUUCUGCAGAAAUUUGCCUUUUCAAAUGCCCUUUGUCUUUCUGUAAAGCUGGCUAUCUGGGAAUCGUUACUGGAUAACUUCGUGGAAUCUAUCCAGUCAAUUCCUGAGAUACUAAAGUCACGAAGGAAGGUAAAACUGUCCCAUGCGGAUGUAAUGCAGAAAAUGGGAGAACUGUUUGCAUUAAGGCACCGGAUAAACCUGAGUUCAGACCUGCUAAUAACACCUGACUUCUACUGGGAUAGAGAAAAACUGGAAGAGCUUUAUGACAAGACCUGCCAGUUCCUCAACAUUAAUCGCAGAGUUAAGGUGAUGAAUGAGAAGCUUCAGCACUGCAUGGAGCUGACAGACCUGAUGCGAAAUCACCUGAAUGAAAAGCACGCUCUGCGCCUCGAGUGGAUGAUCGUAAUCCUCAUCACCAUAGAGGUUCUGUUUGAACUUGCCAGGGUACUUUUCUGA